AUGUCAUCUGACCUCCUUUUGGCGCGUCUUCCGUCCGAACUGAUCGUGUCGAUCUUUGGUGCCCUUCCCUCGUUCUCAGACGUGGCCUGGUUUGCGGCCACCAGCCGUCGCCAUCGCCAGGUGUGGGUUGACAAUGCCUAUACCAUCUAUCAACAGGUGGCCCCUCGGACGAUUCCCUGUAGCAAGCAUGCGCGGGUGCUUCUGGCCGAUCAGGGGGGUCCCCCGGUCAGCGAUACACACUUAUCCUUCCAGGAGGUCCUCCAAUUGAUCCGGAACGCCGCGGCCUUGGAGCAAUCUGUGGCGGAAUUCGAAAAGAAUCACAUCAGUCGCGUCGUAGAAUAUUCGCCCUUCAAAUUAAAGACUCGCCUACCCCAUCUGACGCGUACCGAGCGUGUUCGAUACAUUCGGGGCGUUUACCAGCUGUGGGGUUUAGCACUCCUAGGCCCAGAACCAAGACAGCAGCGCGUUCAGUCCAUGAAGCUCAAGGAUCUGCUGAUCGUUCGCGAUCUAGCCCUGGGUAAUGUGGUGCAUAUCCCGGACCCGACUGUCCAGGCCAUGGGAGAUGGAGACCCUAUGGCCGCGCUUGAGGUGAUAUGUGCGGAUCUCUACCCACGUUUAGAACAGCUUGUGAGUGACUAUUACGAUGAAUACCUCAGCUCGUGGAACUGGCCUUAUUCGGAGGGACUCAGGGGAAGCAUCACCAUCUGGGAUUCAUACUAUGGCAAUUACAAAGACAUGUUGCUAGAUGAUUCCCGUGGAAGGCGCUGUCCGGCCCCGGAGCUGGUGUGGUAUGAUACCUCUGAUGAAGAGGGGAUAUGGUAG